UGGCGGCGUUGCCAGAUCACGCGGCUAACAAAAGCGCUUGCCGGCAAAAGGCAAAAUUAGCAAAUUGGAAUAAAAUAUUAAUUUUUGAUGAUUUGCUAAGUAAAAAAUGGCUGGCGACAAUGAAAACAGUAACACAGACACCUCCAAUGAUCAUAUCGAUCUGGCGCAAUACCGCAAGCUAGUCAAACAGUUCAUAGACAUGCGUCGCUACUCGACUGCCUUGUUUUGGGCCGAGAAAGUGGCUGUGCUUAGUGGGCAGGAGCCACGCGAUGUCUACUACCAGGCACAGUGCAUGUUCCUGCUCGGCGAAUUCCAUCGGGCAGCGCACACAAUUCAACACUAUCAUCUGCAAAAGAGUUCGCUGCCAUGCUUUAAUCUGCUGCUGGAGAGCCUCUAUGCAGCCAAAGAGUACAACGAGGCGGCUAAUAUAAUACAGGCUGUGGAUGUAGAGACGAUGAGCACGUCAAUAGUGCACCCACCACAGGAUGCUGCCAGUGGCUUCAACCUGGAGACCAACAGCGUCUUUGGCGGCGAGGAGAACAAUCGCAAUGAGCUGCUGGCUUCCAUUUAUCUAAUGAAGGGCAAGGUGUAUGAGGCACUGGACAAUCGAGGCAUGGCCAUGGACUUUUAUGUGCAGGCGCUACACAAAUCCAUCUAUUGCUUCGAGGCAUUGGAGGCUUUAGUGCAGCACGAAAUGCUGAUGGCCUGGGAGGAGUUCGAACUGAUGCAUCAUCUGCCGCUGGCGCAGCAAUCCAGCGAGUCGGAUGCUAAGUUUAUCUUAAAGCUUUACGAAUCAAGAUUGAAAAAGUAUUACGAGCUGAUCUCGGCACGCAAUGCCGAAGAGAUUUCGCCCAUUGUCAAUCCGGAUGUGCUCAAGUACAUCAAGGAGUUCACGGUGCGUGUGCAGCAAACCUGCUCUACUGACUCGCAGUUCCCUAAGUCCAACCUACCCAAGGUGCCUGUGACGCCAGCUCACUUCAUGUCGCCUGCUCAAAAAGUGCUGGAGGAUUUGAAGGCGCCCACGUUCUCGCUGCAGACUAGUUUGUCACGUGCUUCCUCCAUGAUCGAUGCCACGCAGCGCUCGCUCUUCGACGCCUCCAAUCGUCGUGCCUCGGGCGACCAGGACUUGGACACGCUGAUGUCGCUCAACGACUGCUUAACGCGCGUGCAGCGCAGCACAGAUCUCUUGGCUGCCGAAGCAGAGAAGUGCUUCUACGACUGCGAUUACAAGCAGUGCCUUAAAAUACUCAAUGACCAGCUUAAGAUUGAUCCGUUCCACAACAAUGCACUGACUAUUCAAAUCGCUUGCCUUGUCGAAAAUGGCGACUUUAACAGGCUUUUCUAUGUGGCGCACAAACUCGUUGAUCGCUACCCCGACAAGGCAAUUUCCUGGUACGCCGUUGGCUGCUACUACGAUAUGAUAGGCAAGAGUGAUCCGGCGCGUCGUUACCUCUCCAAGGCCACUUCCCUGGAUCGUCUUUAUGGCCCCGCUUGGCUGGCCUAUGGUCACUCCUUUGCCAAUGAGAACGAGCACGAACAGGCGAUGGCUGCCUACUUUAAGGCCACUCAGCUGAUGCGCGGCUGCCACUUGCCGUUGCUCUACAUUGGCGUGGAGUGCGGACUGACCAAGAAUCUGGAACUAGCCGAGAAGUUCUUUCUGCAGGCCAUGACAAUUGCGCCCAUGGAUGUGUAUGUGUUGCAUGAGCUUGGCGUGAUUAAGUACGAGUACGAAUACUACGAUGGGGCAGCCACGAUCUUCCAGUGCACCGUGGACAUCAUUAAACAGCGUGCCAAGACCAAUAACGAAGAGAUUUCCGCACGCUGGGAGCCGCUCUUUAUCAAUCUGGGUCACUCGCUGCGCCGCAUAGGGAAAUACGAGGAGGCGCUCUACAAUUUCCAAUAUGCUCUUCUGUUGAAGCCACAAAGCGCCCCCACCUACACGUCCAUGGGAUUCAUACACGCUCUGUUGGGCAAUUUGGACGAGGCCAUUGAGUAUUUCCACAAGAGCUUGGCACUAAAUCGCGACUGUAUUGUCACCUCGACUAUCUUGAAGAAUUGCAUUGAGGAUCUGAUGGACGAUAACACAACAAUCAACGAGAUUUGCAGCAAGGCAUUGCGGGAUGUCACCGAAUCAAUCACGGCCAGUACUCGACAAAUGCUCAAUGCCGACAAACUGAAUGGCAUCAAAAUGAACCUCAAAUUCGAGGAAGAGGAGGAGCUCUCCAAUUCAAAUUCCAAUUCCGACUCCAACAUGGUUGUGGACAUGAGCUUGGAUACUUAACGAAUAGACAACACCUAAUCUUACUCACACGCACACACACAUCUUAUAGAUGAAUCAUUAAAUACUCCAUCCAGCUUGUGUUGCUGUCGCCUGCACUUGAACUUAAUUAGAUAAAGACAAUUGCACAGCUGUUCAAUCAACAUGCAUGGGAUUUUUCUAGCUGAAGAGGUUUUUUCCACACUCCCCAUUGAAGUUGCCGCUGUUCUGUGCUGUGCUGUGUUGUGUUUAACCUGCAUUGUGAGUAUUUAAGUUUGCGAAUUAAGAAAUUAGGAUCAUUGUAUUCUGGGCUGAGUUAAG